UUGCACAGUAUGUUAUGGCACUACAACGAACAAAACACUCGAAACAGUGUUUCUCUAACUUUAGCGAAAUUUCAUCUCACGACGGAUAAAAAGGGUUUCGUAUUUCCAUUUUCCACAUCCGAAGAAAGUCGCUGGAGAGACAGCGAUGCCUCUUCCUCAUCGUUCUCACUGCGUUCAACAGAGCAUUUCUUGCGUCGAAUCCGGCGAAGCUCAAGCUUGAGAUUCUUGUACGGAUUUACCGGAAUGUCGGAUAUCGGCGACUUUGUGGUGGCGAAAAUCGAGCUUCUCAUCACCAAGGUUCUUAAAUGAAUGUGAUUCAAAACAGCAAAGCUCCCAAUGACGAGAAUCCUUUUCCCAGUUGCAUGGGAAGAAUGGUGAAAAUCUUGGAUUUGAAUGCUGGUGUGGCUGGAAACAGGCUGAUUACAGAAAUAGCACAUCAAAAUGUUCACAGGAAUCGAUCAGAUGCAACAUUGUUGGAUCCCAUCAAAUACCAAAUCGAGGAAAAAUCAAUAGGAUACGAGUCAAGGAGGACAUCUUCAACCAAGAAAUCAAGUAAAAAACCCAUAAAGAUGCUUAUAGCCCAAGAAAUGUCUAAAGAAACAGAAUCUAAACACAAGUCACCAAGUGUAGUUGCUAAGCUGAUGGGACUUGAUGCCCUCCCUGGGAAGCAGCUAAAUUCUACAGCACAGAGGAGUCCACCAAGAGGUUGUUCCGGGUAUACUUAUACCCAACAAGGAACUCUAUCGACAUAUCCGCAUCCAGAAAUGGGCUUUCAGGACAAGCCAAUUCAGCAUGGGGUUCAUCAAUAUGGGGGGCAGAGAGAGUACAAAGAUGUUUACGAAGUUUUGCAGCAAUCUCCAAGAAAGAAUUACGUCAGAGAAAAAUCACUGCAGAAGGGGAAGUAUAAUGAAAAUCUAAAUGAGAAAAAGAUGGCUCUUGUUCGUCAGAAAUUCACUGAGGCAAAACGUCUUGCCACAGAUGAAAAACUUCGCCAGUCUAAGGAAUUCCAAGAUGCAUUGGAGGUUUUAAGUUCCAACAAAGAUAUAUUCCUGAAGUUUCUGCAAGAACCAAAUUCUCUAUUCUCGCAGCAUCAAUAUGAAUUACAGUCUAUUCCUCCACUUCCCCAGACAAACCGAAUCACAGUAUUGAAGCCUUCAAAGACCGUGGAAAAUAACAGAUUUGUUGGGGCAGAGAAGCAUGAAAGACAGGCAAGGAAACAAACUCAGGUAGCUGAAGCAAGUGGGUGGGACAAAGACAGGCCCAGCUGGAGUUCUGUCUUUAGCAAUCAGAAGGAUGAUAGUUCUGCUCAACCAAUGCGGAUAGUGGUCUUAAAGCCUAGCCCUGGAAAUGCUUAUGAUGUUAGAACUCUUGGUUCUUCGCCUCCUUCUUCACCAAGGCCGCCAAGUAAUAAAGGCUACUAUGGGGAACUCGAAGAUGAUGAGGCACAAGGAUCAAGAGAGGUAGCGAAGGAGAUCACGCAACAGAUGCAUGAAAGUUUGAGUGGUCACCAUAGGAAUGAAACUUUCCUGUCCUCCCUCUUUUCCAAUGGUUAUGUAUGGGAUGAUAGCUCUUUGAAUAGAUCAGAAAAUGGGUAUGUAGAGGAGGGAAAUCUCAGUGAUUCUGAGGUAAUGACACCAACUUCAAGACACUCAUGGGACUAUAUCAACAGGUUUGGUAGUCCAUACUCGUCAUCUUCCUUCAGCCGUGCAUCCUAUUCUCCAGAGUCAUCUGUCUGCAGGGAGGCAAAGAAGCGCCUUUCAGAAAGAUGGACCUUGAUGGCAUCAAAUGGAAGCGGUCCAGAGCAGAGACAAGUCCGGAGGAGCUCUAGUACAUUGGGGGAGAUGCUUGCUCUUUCUGUUACAAAGACUGCAACAUCUGGUGAAGAAGAUUGUGAUGGAAGCCAAAAUGUCUUGAGUAGUAGGUCCUGUGGUGGUGAACAAGAUAUGAUGGCACCAACAUCAGGUGGGUCAUCUAGUAGGAACGAGGAUGAAAGUGGAGAGGUUUCUCUGAGGAAUCUAGCGAGAUCGAGAUCUGUCCCAGUGUCUUCCACGGUUCAUGGGACCAGAUUGAAUGUUGAAGCUCCAGAUCCAAAGGUGGAUAAAUCCAUUGUUCCUAAUAAAGAGGAAACAAAGUCCAAGAGUGGGAAAUCAUCAUUAAGGGGCAAAGUUUCAAGUUUAUUUUUCUCAAGGAGUAAGAAAACAAGUGAAGGAAAAUCUAGCACAUGUUCUGUGGCUGGCUCUCAAGAUGAAUCUCCAAACACUACUUCUGAAGUUCCAUUGGCUUUGAAUCCACUUUCUCUCCAAAAGACAAGUGAUAAUGUAACUUCUUGUGUUACUGAUUAUGUCCCCGAAGGGGACCUGUCAAGCAAGAGUUCCUCUCCAGCAAUCUGUGUUGGAACAAAACAAGGCACUUUCUCGAAUGAGGCAUUGCUAUCUGUAACAAAACCCAGCAUGCCAGUAGAAAACCAGGACCAACCUAGCCCCAUUUCAGUCUUGGAAGCACCGUUUGAUGAUGAUGUUAGCACCACCCCACAGCCCUCCGGACAUGUGUUGUCGGACCACCACGGACAACCUGUGCACCAUCAACCUCUUAAAUCCAGCUUAAUUGACAAAUCUCCACCGAUAGAAUCAAUCGCACGGACAUUAUCAGGGGAUGGCGCAUGCUUAUUAUCAACAGCAUCUAAUCUAUUAAACCCCUCUAGAUUUUCCCUGAAAGCCACUGAGGAAGAAGAAGAACAACUUUUAUUUGUCCACGCAUUACUCUCAGCUGCAGGUCUGAACCAUGACGAGCAGUCAGGGGCAGUCUUUGCUAGGUGGCAUUCGCCUGAUAAGCCAUUAGAUCCAUCAUUGGUGGACAAAAUAUGCAAGUUGAAAGAUGAGAAGGCACGGUUGCAUGAAUCAAAGCGUAGAUCAAAUCAAAGUCUUCUUUUUGAUUGUGUCAAUGCAGCUCUGGUGGAUAUCAUGGGAUAUGGAUCAGAUGUAAGCUCUUGGGGAAAGGCAUCGUCUAAAAAGACACAUUCCGUAGGCUCACCAGUGACUGUAGAUGAAGUAUGGGGUCGUGUGAGGGAGUUGUUCUCCAAGGAGGCAAGGUGUUUUUCAGGUGAGAAUGGGGAGAACAACAGCCUGGUAGUGGAGACAAUGGUAAGGAAGGAGGUGGUAGGGAAGGGCUGGGAGGAGCUUAUGUGGUUGGAAUUGGAUGCUUUAGGGAAAGAAAUUGAAGGUGAGUUGCUGGAGAAACUGGUGGAUGAGGCGCUUGUUGAAUUAACAGGUUGUUUAUGAUUAGGCAUUUUUUUUUUCUUUUUCUGAGUGAUUGUUCACCAUGUUGAUUUGUUCUCACUUCUCACCAACUUUGAUUUCUUUAAUGCAACAACCAAGCAUUUGAUUAUGUUGGCUAUGAUUAGCCAUUUGUGAUUAUUGCAAAGUUGAAUUAGUUGGAGGAGAAA